GGCGCACACUGUCGCAAGGUAUCACUUGUGUCGGGUACAUUUCUUAUUCGUCGCCUCUAACCGUGUUGAAUUUGCAAGGAAGAGGUCUGCUAGCGAUCUCGGUCCAACAUACAUGGUCCGAGCGUGUCACGAAACAGGAGGGAUUCUGGUGUUCAAAGUGGACACCAUUUUAUGGAUAGUCAAUGUAUCGGUUCUUCAAGGAUAGUCUGAUCCAGAUCGGCUGAAAACAGUGCCGUUCGCGUUGUGGAUGGGUGCGCGAUAGCGAACUAACGUUACUGUAUAACUCCAAAAAAAGAGGGGCAGAGCCUCUUCUAUGAAGAUGGACAUUGCAGAUGAAGGGGAUAUAUGUCGCGUGUGUCGUUCAGAGGGGACCCCAGACAAACCCUUGUACCACCCCUGUGUUUGUACUGGCAGCAUCAAGUUCAUCCACCAGGAAUGUUUGGUCCAGUGGCUGAAGCACAGCAGGAAGGAGUACUGUGAAUUAUGCAAGCACAGAUUUGCUUUCACACCAAUCUACUCCCCAGACAUGCCCCCCCGCCUGCCCAUCCAGGACAUCUGUGCUGGCCUGCUGACCAGUGUGGGCACAGCCAUACGAUACUGGUUUCACUACACACUGGUGGCCUUCGCAUGGCUGGGGGUGGUCCCCCUCACUGCAUGUCGAAUCUACAAGUGUCUGUUUACCGGCUCUGUGACCUCGCUCCUGACGCUGCCUUUGGACAUGCUCUCCACAGAUAACCUGCUGGCAGACUGUCUGCAGGGCUGCUUCGUGGUGACGUGUACACUGUGUGCGUUCAUCAGUCUGGUGUGGCUCAGGGAGCAGAUAGUCCAUGGUGGUCCCCCCCUGUGGCUGGAGCACCACCAGCAGCCCCAGCCCAACGCAGCCGGACAACAGCCCAACGAGGCUGCCGGUCAAGGAGCAGCUGAUGAACCCCCUGCCCCUGCCAACCCCCCAGCUCACGAGGCAGAGCCAGAGCCCCCGGAUGGCCCGCCAGAACAGGGGGAGGAGCCAGAACUAGACAAUGAGGAAGAGGAGGGGGCUGCUGCCGAAGAUGUGGAUGCCAACAACGGGGCUCAAGAUGAUAUGAACUGGAAUGCUCUAGAAUGGGACAGGGCAGCAGAGGAGCUCACAUGGGAGAGGAUGCUUGGACUCGAUGGCUCCUUGGUGUUCUUAGAGCAUGUGUUCUGGGUUGUGUCUCUGAACACUCUCUUCAUCCUGGUCUUCGCGUUCUGUCCAUACCACAUUGGUCACUUCUCUGUCAUGGGCCUUGGCUUUGAGGAAUAUGUCCAAGCCUCCCAAUUCGAGGGCCUGAUCACAACCAUCGUAGGGUACAUCCUGUUGGCCAUGACGCUCAUCCUCUGUCAUGGGUUCGCUGCUCUGGUCAGGUUCCAGCGGUCCCGCCGUCUACUAGGGGUCUGCUACAUCGUUGUCAAGGUCUCACUUCUUGUUGUCGUGGAGAUAGGAGUCUUCCCCCUCAUCUGUGGCUGGUGGCUCGACAUCUGCUCUUUAGAGAUGUUUGAUGCGUCUCUGAAGGACAGAGAGCUGAGUUUUAAAUCUGCUCCAGGCACCACCAUGUUCCUGCACUGGCUGGUGGGAAUGGUCUACGUCUUCUACUUCGCAUCCUUCAUCCUCCUACUGAGAGAGGUGCUGAGGCCUGGGGUCCUGUGGUUUCUGAGAAACCUGAACGAUCCAGACUUCAACCCAGUCCAGGAAAUGAUCCACCUACCUAUCUACAGACACCUCCGCAGGUUCAUCCUGUCUGUGGUGGUGUUUGGCUCUAUCGUUCUCCUGAUGUUGUGGCUGCCCAUCAGGAUGAUCAAGCUCCUCCUCCCUGCCUUCCUGCCCUACAACGUCAUGCUUUACAGUGAUGCUCCAGUCAGUGAGCUGUCUCUGGAGCUGUUGUUACUGCAGGUGGUUCUGCCAGCUCUCCUGGAACAAGGUCACACACGCCAGUGGCUGAAAGGUCUGGUCAGGGCCUGGACUGUCAGCGCUGGAUACCUACUAGACCUCCACUCUUACUUGCUCGGAGAACAGGAAGACGAUGCUAACCAGCCUGUCAACAACAACCAUGCUCCCGGUCACCAAAACAACAACAACGCUAACCCCGCCCCUGCUGUGGGGGAGGGGCUUCAUGCAGCCCAUCAGGCCAUACUACAGCAGGGAGGACCAAUAGGUUUCCAACCCUACCAUCGGCCCCUACGCUUCCCCUUCAGGGUCAGUCACACUACACACUACCAUCGGCCCCUACGCUUCCCCUUCAGGAUCGUCUUGCUGAUAGGGUUCAUGUGUAUCACCCUGCUGGUUUCCAGUCUGGUGUGUCUGACGUUACCAGUGUUUGCGGGCCGUUGGCUGAUGUCAUUCUGGACAGGCAGCUCGAAGAUCCAUGAGCUGUAUACAGCAGCGUGUGGUCUGUACGUGUGCUGGCUGUCCAUCCGCGGUGCCACCGUGCUGUUGGCCUGGAUGCCCCAGGGACCCACCAUCAUCAUGGUCAAAGUCCAGGAGUGGAGCCUCAUGAUUCUGAAGACUCUGGUCGUAGCGUUGCUGGUGGCUGGUGUUAUCCCUCUACUAUUGGGCCUGCUGUUUGAGCUGGUCAUCGUUGCUCCCCUACGCGUUCCUCUGGACCAGACGCCUCUCUUCUACCCCUGGCAGGACUGGGCUCUGGGGGUGCUCCAUGCCAAAAUCAUCGCUGCCAUCACCCUCAUGGGUCCACAGUGGUGGCUGAAGACGGUCAUAGAACAGGUGUAUGCUAACGGCAUCAGGAACAUCGACCUCCAUUUCAUCAUCUGUAAGCUGGCUGCCCCUGUCAUCUCGGUGCUGCUGCUGUCCCUGUGUGUCCCCUACGUCAUAGCAGCCGGGGUCGUACCUGCCGUAGGUCUGUCAGGUGUGUCAGGUGUGACUCCAGAGAUGCAGAUUCUGAUUCAGAGGAGGAUCUACCCGUUCCUCCUGAUGGUGGUGUCCAUCAUCGGCAUCCUCUCCUUCCAGAUACGACAGUUCAAGCGUCUUUACGAACACAUCAAGAACGACAAGUACCUGGUUGGCCAGCGGCUUGUCAACUACGAACGCAAGGCUAGGGGAACCAGCUCUGUUCCUCCCCCUAACUCUAUCCCAGAGUAGUCAAGUUUGCUUUUGGAAACCACCCAUCUCGUGUCCUCCCUCCCCCUCUCUCUCUCUCCCUCCCCCUCUCUCUCUCUCCCUCCAUCCCUCCCUCACCCUCCUUCCACCCCUCCCCCUCUCUCC